GAUUUGGCCCUGAAUGACCAAAUCGUCAACCUUGGUCAUUACCCAAUCCCUUUGGCCUUUGCUACAUACAUGCUUGUCCGAUCGAAGAAGAAGACGACGACGACGAAAGCUUAGGAGAACAAAGAUCGAGAUCUGAAAGUACGAUGAAGCCAUCGGGUCCAUUCCACGCCGUCCGCGUAAGCCCCCUCGCGCCCCUCAACCGCGCCCACAUCCUCCUUUACUCCCUCGCCCUCUUCGCCGCCCUCCGCCUCCGCCUCCGCCUCCGCCUCCACUUUCCCGCAACCUCGCUCCCUUCCUUCCUCCUCCUCGCCGCCGACCUUCUACUCGCCUUCAUGUGGUUCACCUACCAGGCCCUCCGGUGGCGUCCCGUCCGACGCCGCGAGUUCCCCGAUCGCCUCCUCCACGCGGUUGCCCCCGACGACCUCCCCGCCAUCGACGUCUUCAUCUGCACCGCCGACGCGCUGAGGGAGCCGCCGGCGAGCGUAGCCUCCACUGCGCUCUCCGCGAUGGCAUUCGACUACCCGCCGGAGAAGAUCUCCGUCUACGUGUCCGACGACGGCGGAUCCGCGGUCACGCUGCUGGCGUUCGCGGAGGCGGCGAAGUUCGCCAGGUAUUGGCUUCCUUUCUGCAGGGAGAACGGCAUUGUCACCAGAUCGCCGGAGGAUUACUUCAGAUCCGUCGAGGGUGGGGAACCAGAGACCGUCAAGGAUGUUUUUUCUCAGUUGGAGAAGAUGUUUCAAGCAUUGAAAGAGAAAGUAGAAAAGGCUUUGCAGAGAGGUGAUAUAUCCAAUGAUAUAACCCAGGGAGAAGAAGAAGAAGAAAUUUUGAAGAAAUGGAAAGGGUUUAUCCGCAAUGACCACCCUUCAAUAAUACAGGUUUUACUCCAAAGCAGUAAGGAUUCAGAUGUCACAGGGAAGCCAUUGCCAAAUCUCAUCUAUGUAUCUAGAGAGAAGCGACCUACUUCUCAUCAUCACUUCAAAGCAGGGGCUCUCAACGCUCUGACAAGAGUAUCAAGCACCAUGAGCAAUGCCCCACUGAUCCUUACCUUGGACUGUGACACAUACUCAAAUGACCCUCGGUCUCCACUCCAUGCGCUCUGCUACUUUCUUGACCCUGCCAUGUCUUCCAAUCUUGCAUUUGUUCAAUUCCCACAAAUUUUCCAAGGACUUAACAAGAAUGAUAUCUAUGCAACUGAGGUAAAGCGACUAUACACCAUCAAUCCGAGAGGAAAAGAUGGACUUGGAGGUCCAAAUUACGUUGGCACUGGUUGCUACUUUUCACGAUGCUCCUUGCAAGGAAACACAUUGCCACCAUCCCUUCCUCGGCAACCUACUGAUUCAAUUUCUUCAGAAUUUGUAAUAAGAAAAGCUCGUGAGGUGACAAGUUGCACUUAUGAACUUGGCACGAAAUGGGGUACUAAGAUUGGCUUCCGCUAUGGGUCACUAUCUGAGGACUUCCAUACAGGCUUACACCUGCAUUGUCAAGGAUGGAAGUCGGUGUUUUGCUACCCUGAGAAGCCAGCUUUUCUCGGUGAUGUACCGCAGAAUCUAAAUGAUGUUCUAAGCCAGCGCAAGAGAUGGUCUGUGGGGCUCUUCGAGGUGGCCUUCUCAAGGUAUUGCCCCUUGACGUUUGGCACCACGAAAGCUUCAUUUCUAGAGGGCUUAAGCUACGCACAUGAGGCCUUUUGGGGCAGUUGGUCCAUUCCUAUAACAAUAUACUGUAUUCUUCCACAGUUAGCACUCAUAUAUGGUACCCCGCUGUUCCCAAAGGUCUCUAACCCUCUCUUCUACUUGUAUGCCUACCUCUUCCUUGCUGCUUAUGUCCAAGACCUUCUCGAAUUUUUAGCUGCCAAAGGAACCAUUCGGAGAUGGUGGAAUGACCAAAGAAUGUGGAUGUUCAUAGGCCUCACAUCGUAUCUCUUUGGAACAAUUCAAUUUCUGCUUAAAAAAGUCGGCAUAUCCUCUCAAGGCUUCAAUGUGACUAGUAAAGUAGUAGAAGAUGAGCAGAGAGAGCGAUACCAAAAAGGUGUAUUUGAUUUCAGAGCGCAAUCGCCAUUCUUUGUGUCACUCGGGACAGUGGCCAUUGUAAACUUGAGCUCCUUUGCAGUGGGACUUGGGAGAGCUGCGAGCUUGCAAGGGAGCUUGGACGAGUUGUUUGCGCAGCUGUUCUUGUCGGCAUGUGUUGUGGCCAACUGCUGGCCUAUCUAUGAAGCCAUGUUUCUUAGAAGCGAUGGAGGUAAAAUGCCGAGGAUGAUCACUGUCUUCUCGUUGCUAGCAGCUUGUUUCCUCCAUGGAAUUGGGUACCUCAUGUUCAGCGUUUGAUCUUCUGCUACUUGAUUGGUGAAGAAUCAAAAUGUAGUAUUUGAGCCUGAUAUCUAUCGUCAGCCUAGACUAAAGGGAUGCCAUUUGCACUAGAAUUGCCGUGCAAAAUGAAAGCAGCGGGGAUGGUAUUUGAUUUUUCAUACAAGGAAAUUGGGCAUAUCUAGAUGGUGAAUGUUUUUCUAUCUAUAGACCCGAAGUUAUCAAUAUAAUUCAGUUUUGUGCAAAGAUCUUAAUUUUUUUAUUUCAAAAAUACUUUUGUUUACCAUUGAAUUUAAUUUAAAUUUCUUUAAUAUUAUUUAAAAUUCUUUCAA